UGUGUGUGUGCAGAUAUGUCGGGCUGCAGGCUGCUGAGAGCCGUCAGGCGCGCACUUCAGGCUGUGCGCGCUCCCGCGAGGUGCGUGCAGACCUCGGCGGAGAGACAUAAUCCUGCACCACACCCACCGGUCCUGAAGAACUAGUUAGUUAGUUGCUGCUCAUAGUGCAACAUGUUAUCAACAGUGGAGUAGAGAGUUCCUCAGGUCGCUGUCAGGACAGUAGAGACUCUUACACUGUAAAGAUGAGUUCCAGAGUGUCAGGUGAGCUGGAGAAAGAGGAGGAUGAGGAGGAGGAGGAAGAGGAAGAGGAAGAGAGCGUGAACCCCUCAGAGGUGAAGAUGAGUCAGAUCGUGAUGCCGUGCCACAGCAACCACCGCCAGGAGCUCAGCGUGGGCCAGCUGCUCAAAUGGAUCGACUCCACCGCCUGCCUCUCUGCUGAGAGACACGCUGGCUGCUGCUGCGUCACCGCCUCCAUGGACGACAUCAUCUUUGAACACACCAUCAGUGUGGGUCAGGUGGUGAACAUCAAGGCCAAGGUCAACAGAGCCUUCAACAGCAGCAUGGAGGUGGGCAUCACUGUGAGCUGUGAGGACCUGUUCUCUGACCGUCACUGGAGGGUUUGUCGUGCCUUCGCCACGUUUGUUACCCAGCGCACAAACACAGGACAAAAGGUGAGGGUGAAGCCAAUCGUCCCUCACACUGAGAAGGAGCAGGUUGAAUACAGCGUGGCUGCUGAGAGACGCAGGGUCAGGAUGUUACAUGAUGACAUCAUCAGAGACCUGCUCUCCUACGGCUCCAUCCUGCCAGCUGAUGACUCGGCUGGAGACGAUGCUGUUGCAGCAGAAAAGACCAAAGUAGAGAGUGUUGAACUGGUUCUACCACCACACGCUAACCAUCAGGUGAACACAUUUGGAGGGCAGAUCAUGGCCUGGAUGGUGAACGUAGCUACGAUUGCUGCCAGCCGUCUGUGCCAGGCUCACCCGACGCUCCAGGCCAUCGACAUGUUCACCUUCAGAGGGCCGUCUCAGGUGGGAGACCGGCUGCAGCUGAAGGCCAUCGUCAACAACGCCUUCAGGAACAGCAUGGAGGUGGGGGUUCGGGCUGAAGCCUACCAGGAGGACGGAGCUAACCGACAUAUUAACUCCGCCUUCAUGACCUUCGAGGUGCUGGACGGCCAGGGGAAGGCCUGUACGUUACCACGGAUACGACCAGAACCCCUGGAAGGGGGGAGGAGGUUUCGAGAGGCAAUAGCUCGGAAGAAGAUCAGAUUGGACAGGAAGUACAUAAUUUCCCACAAGCAGAGUGAGGUCCCCCUGUCUGUACCCUGGGACCCCAGAAACCAGGUGUAUCUCAGCUAUAACAACGUUUCAGCUCUGAAGAUGUUGGCUGCUAGACACAAGUGGCGCCUCAGCUCUGAGAAGGACAAGGUUCAGCUCUACACCCUGGAGUACAAGUCCAUGUUGAGUGUUCGGGUGGAGGCAGAGGUGGAUGUUCCUGCUCACAGAGCUUUUCAUCUGCUGGCCGAGCUGAGAAACAGAGCCAGCUGGGACACACACUAUCAGAAAUGUGAGCUGAUUCACCAGGUGGACGAUGAUGACGUGCUGUACCGGGUGGUGACCCCGUCAGUGGGUCAGGGUGGAGUCGGUUCUCCAACUUCAGCUGAUCCGGGAAAAGAGAUUCUCCAGGACUUCAUCUUGUUGGCCUCCAAGAGGAAGCCUUGUAGCAGCGGAGAUCCGUAUGUCAUCGCGCUGCGUUCAGUGUCACUGCCCACUCAUCCUCCCACUGAAGGCUUUAAAAGAGGGGAGGUCCUGUGUGGUGGAUUUACCAUUCUGGAGACCAAAAACAACAUGUCUCUCAUCAGUUACUACACCACGGCGUCUCCACAGGUUCUUCCCUAUAUCUCCACUGAUAUCGCCGGCCUCUCCUCCUCUUUCUACCACAGUUUCUGCUCCUGCAGCAAAUACCUGGCAAGCAAAAGACUGGAGUCCACUUCAGAGGUUCAAACAGACGAAAACCAGGCCACAAGUACAGACAAACCCACUGUUGAUACUGAGGCUGACACGCUGUCAGGGUCCCUGCACAGCACCAAGCUGUAGACAGGUCAUGCUACUUUCCAAGACAGUUUACUUCACAAGGUUGAUAGUCAGGCGGCUUAGGACCAGAUUUGAGAAGAAAGGGGACACGCCGCACCAAAAUUUUUCCACAUGCUCUCUAUCACCAUAGGUUUCAAUUUUUGGUAG